AUGUCAAAGUUGAUGGAGGCCUUGGGCGAAGAUGGGCUGGAUGAGUUCGCGCAAGAGCAUUUGCGCGCACUGGCCAGCGAGGACGACGAGGACAGCGACGAAGAAGACGCGGGAGACGGUGAAGAGGGCGCGACGCGAGACGAAGAAGACGGGAAGGAUGCGGAGGCCGGGCACAGUUCUGAUCACGCUAUCCCCGUCGACGACCUCCCAGAGGGAUACGAGCUGGACGAAGACGCGGUGCUGCAGCAGAAGGUGAGGUUGACAACGAAGUGCAUCGCUAUGGAGCGCAUACGCAGCACAAUUGCGCUGGACCCUGCACUACCUUGGACCGAAACGCUAAGCGUAACGUACCCCGAAACGAUCAACGUCGACGUCGAUGACGACCUGAACCGCGAGCUCGCAUUUUACAAGCAGGCUCUCCACGGGGCCCAAGCCGCCCGUGCGCUAGCACAAAAACACUCGUUCCCGUUUACCCGUCCCUCGGAUUAUUUUGCGGAGAUGGUCAAGAGCGACGCACACAUGGAACGCAUCCGGCAACGGCUGCUCGACGAUCGCGCGGGGAUGAGGCGUUCAGAGGAGAAGCGGAAGGAGCGCGAGGGGAAGAAGUUCGGGAAGCAGGUGCAGAUGGAGCGCAUCAAGGAGCGUCAGCAAAAUAAAAAGGAGGUCGAGGAGCGGUUGAAGGGACUCAAGCGGAAACGCAAGGGUAACCUGGACGGGGGCAACGAAGACUUCGACGUCGCCGUGGAGGAUGCUCUCGCCGACCGCCCCAACAAACGCUCCAAGUCUGGUCCAGGGACGGGCAAGGGUCCUGGCGGCAAGCCCAAGCUCCCUCGCGGGGCGCGCGACAAGAAGUUCGGGUUCGGAGGCAGCGGAAAGAGGUCGAAACAGAACACGAAGGACUCUACGGACAGUUUCGUGCAGCGUGGUGGACCUGGGGGUAAGGGGAAGGGUGGGAAGGGGAAGGGUCCCGCAAAACGUCCCGGGAAGGGUCGGCGAAUGGCGCAGAGGAGCAGAACGUAG